UGCGCAGACUCCGCAGCACCGUCACAUCAGGGCUCUCCGUUGGACUGCGCUCACCCAGUCGACUUAUUUAUUUAAUAACGCGUUAUAUAAUACACCGCGACUCGGGACGCUCGCUCACUCACACACGCCGAUCGCAGCGCGCCCGAUGCGCCCGUGCUCCUGACAGACCUGAGGUGACAGCGCUGACCCGGAUAACGGCCGUGCCCUCCUGUGCCCCUCUGAGGCGGAAGAACUCGCAGGCAGACCAGCGGACGGACGCCUGUAUCAGCGUUCCAUCGGCAGCCUGCGGCCUGAACGCCCACGCCGUCUCCCCUCACCCUCCUCGCCGCUGUCCCGUCCAACAUGGCAGACCCCGGCCUCACGUCGCCCUCGAGGACCCCGCUGCGCUCCCCCAACGCCUCUCUCAGCCUCUCCUUCCCCUUCCUGAGGGAGGGCAGCCGCAUAUGGGAGGAUGGGAAACAGCAGCCGCUGCCCCGGGAUCUGCCCAGCCCGUUGCCCACUAAGCGCAACCGCACCUACUCAGCUACGGUACGUGCUACCUCAGGUCCCGUGUUUAAGGGCGUGUGUAAGAACUUCUCCAGGUCACAAGGUCACGGCUUCCUCCAACCAUCCCACGGUGGAGAAGACAUCUUUGUCCACAUCUCAGACAUCGAGGGGGAGUACGUCCCAGUAGAGGGCGACGAGGUCACGUACAAAGUGAGUCGAGUCCCUCCCAAGAACCUGAAGGUGCAGGCGGUGGAGGUGAAGAUCAUACAUCUCAACCCAGGGACGAAACACGAGACCUGGUCUGGGCAGAUCAUGAGCUCGUAGACCUGAACUCAGGGCCUCGCAGGGCGUGGAGGGGGGGGGGGUUGGACAUGUAGUUGGACCAAUAACGUACAAUUUGCUAAAAUCCUUUCUUUAGAAGCAUGUUUUAUCUACGCAGCAAAGUGCCCGGGACGACUCGUGUGUCGGUGGUGUUGUUUAACAGCUGUGUAUGUAAGACUGACUAUUUAUUCACCUUUAGGAAAGACACAUUUAAAAAAUUUCUUUCUAUUAUUGUCAUGAUUUAAGUCAGAUUUAAAAUAACGGGGUGAUAGGCAAAAGAUCGAGCUGGAAAAGUCUGUUGGGCCUCAUUUUUCACAAAGAUCAGCUUUGUAAAAGUAUAAAAACUACCAAACUGUAGGUUAUAACUAUUUUGCAGAUCUAAGGCGUGACGGAGUGUGUGUGUGCAUCGAAGGACAGAAUUCCGUUUCCCUUCUUUGCGUCUGUUGUGCACUUGUUUACUUCACCAGCGUUCCCAGGACGUUGGGUGCAAGUGUGGGUCAGAUUAUCACAGCCUGCACACUUUAGACUUUGGUCGAGAAGAAGCUUUGAAUUGAACAACAAAGAUAACAGAUGUUAAAGUAGUUGAGGGAAUUGAUGUUGAAGAGAUUUGAAGGAAAAGGUGAUGAAAUGGCAGGUAAACCAAGUAAAUCCCUGCUACACAAAUUAAAUCAACGCAAUGUCACUAAAUAUGAAUAGACAGAAAGUGUAAUGAGCUCCUAUCGGGUGUCACGUCAAGUUCAAAGUUCUGAGGUUUGUCUUGGAGGUCCAGGGGCAGAUCACAUUAAACCGAGCAUGAAAUAAAAAAAGACACUACUGUGAAUGGAAAGAAGGAGUAUUCUCCUGGAAAACACAAAUCCUUGGUUGUGUGUCUUGUUUGUGGUUAUUUAUUUUAGUUAUUUAUUUGAUGAUUUAAUCAGAUUUGUGUUUAUCUUCAGAUUGUAAGUACAGUGAAAGCUUUCACUAAAGAAAUUUGAACUUCCAAAACGGAAACUGCCAGAAGAACAGCUCCAGACUUCACGGUCGGGUUUUUCAAAAUCUGUUGUUUUGUUGGAAAGAAAAUCUGCUGAUUUAAAAAAAAAAACUAUUUGUAAAUCUCUUUUUCUAUUAUGAGAAAAACACGUAUCUGUGUGUGGUUUAUUAAAUGUAGUCAGCGUGAUGGUACACGACGUCAUAGUCAACGUCACAUCCGCGCUGUUUGUAGUCAUUCAGGUUUUGCUCAGUGUGCUGUGUGUCAUUUUCUAUUCCAUAGAGCAUCUAUGCAUCGUGUCUGAAUGUCCGUGCCACUGCCUGAACUUGUUCAACAUGUUAGAUUUAUUUAAGGACACUUUCUUUUGUGGACGAGCCCAUGAUUACUUUUGCUGAGCCUUGAAAGAACAUUAAAGCAUUUUAUGAUUCACA